AUGAACAUGAUGAGGAUACGACAUAUCAUCGCUAUGCGAAAAGCCCUCAAAGCUGAUCCACUGUUGCCACCUAUUUCUAAAAGUUGUAAAAAUCCAUCUGAUUAUAGGUCACACAAUGUAAAGGCACCCGCAAAAGAUGUUCUUGGAAUCAGUUUACACAUCAGUGAUCUAAAGAUUGAGUUAUUCAAAUACAAUGAAAUAAUUUGUUUGAUAUCUGUGAAUGAAGAAGGUUCAGAAAACUCUUGGAAGCUUGUAACAACAACGGAUGUUAUGGUCAAAAAAGAUGACAUUUUCAUUCCUAAUGCAUUUACUGUAGAAUACACUUUUAAACGAGAUCAAAAUCUGAAAAUUGAAAUCUAUGACUAUUCCGAACAUGAAUUAAUUAUUGUUGGAAUGACCACUUUAUUUCUUACAGAAAUACUUACUUCUUCACCAGGUUUUUCUAAAAAUUUAAUCAAAAAUGAAAGCAAUGAAAUCAUUGGCAUUGUUUCAAUAUCGUAUAAGACAGAAACAAAAGAACAGCCAAUACUUUUUCAGUUUCAUGGCAAGAACUUUCCCAAGAAAGGUUUGGAAAACACGCAGAUUUAUUUUCAAAUGUUUGGAAUUGGAGAAAAUGAUGAGCGCACUUUAUUGUAUGAGAGCGAAUGCCAAUAUUAUUCAUCUAAGCUUCAAUGGAAACCAUUUCAGUUGAUGAAGGAUGAGUUUAACUGCUUUAAAAAUAGGAGUUUCGAGAUAGCGUGUUACUCACAAGAUGAACAUGAAAAAUGUUUAUUAAUCGGACAAGUCAGUGCUACUUACAAUGAACUGUUGAGUAUUGUUGAAGGACGCAAUACCUUUCCUAUCAGAUUUGGUAAAGGUAUGAAGAAAAUAAAUGGUACAAUUGAAAAAGUAAAAUGCAACGAGAUGGCAGUGUAUUCUUUUUUGGAUUACAUUACUUCUGGUGAAGCUAAAAAAUAUUGUAGGUAUUACCUAGCACUGGCUAUUGCAGUGGAUUUCUCAAAAUCAAACCCAAAACAUUCGUAUGAAACAUUUGCACAUGAUGUUGAAUGGGUCAUUCGAACACUUUGCUUACCAUUUCGACGUCAUAAUUUCCCUCAAAUUUACACAGCUUUUGGCUUUGGUGCACGAAUCCCUCCACAUUUUCGAGAGUCUCAACAAUUCUGUCUUAAUUUAGAAACUGAUCCAAAUUGUCAGGGAUCAGACGGUUUAAUUGAUGCAUUCCGUAAAGCGAAUGCUCAAGUGCAAUCCAGUUCCACUGCUCACUUUGCACAUAUCAUUUAUCACCUCGCAAAGUUAGCUAGCAAUGUACAUCGACGUGAAGAUCACUUUCCAUGUCCAUACUUUGUGCUAGCUAUAAUUAGCAAAGGCAAAAUCGGUGAUAUUCGAGAAACCAUACAGGCGACGAUAUUUGCAUCUAAAACACCACUAUCUUUGAUAUUCAUUGCUACAGAGGAUGACUGCGAUGAGAUGGAACGUCUCGGCCUCUCUGCCGGUCGCCUUUCAUUUCAAAAUCGCCGAGCGGAACGGGAUAUGUUGCAGUUUGUACCAAUUUCAAAAAUUCGCAACAAAUUAUCGCAGAAAGUUGAUUCCGAGCAAUUAUUUCUGGAACGAGCCUUACGAUAUGUUCCAAAACAGAUGAUAAAUUGGCUAAUGAAAAACAAUCGUAUUCCGCAAGACUUCAAACAUUAUCAUUUAUCACAGCUGAGUUCAAGUGUAAGUUCACAGCUAAGAUUCACAGAACAAAAUGAGGAGGAAGCGAAAGCGAAAUUAGAUGAUUGCUUUGAUAAAGGACAAUCAUCUGAUGCUUUGGAUAACAAGUAUCCUGUAAGCACGUCUGAUGACUCUAGCACUGAAAAAGAACAAGUAUACACUGCAUAUAUUUACUGAGA